AUGAAGAAACAGCUCUCGCGAUUGCUGGGGCGAAGCCACUCAAACCCUCAUUUGCGAGUGGAGCCUGAGAGCGGACCCGGGGAAGUUGGGGUCUCCUCUCUCCAGCCUUCCGCGGAUGAUUCUUGCAGAAAACCUCCAGGGUCUGUUCGCAAGUUCCUGGGCAAGGUGACCAAUCGUUCCACUCGAAGCGCUCAACAGCCUCCAAACAUCGAACCCGCGGCUGCAAGUCUCAGCGCACAGGAUCUCCUGCCUCCUCAUGCAACCCAGGAUCCUUCACUACGCACCGCUGCCACUCCCACUCCCGAAUCAAAUCUUGACCAGUCUUCUAAUCCAGGCAUUGCAAAGAAACAACUUAACCCGAACUUUGAGAAUGAAAGAAUCGACGAUUCCAGCUUACAGAAUCUCCUACCCACUCAGACAACUCAGGGUCAUUCACCGUUCACCGUGGCACCCACUCCCGAACAGGUUUCCGAUGCACGCGCUGCGAACUUCCGUCAUGAGGUCAAACAACUUGAUCCGAAGUUUGUAAAUGAAAAAAUCGGUGAUGCCUCCAAAAAUAUGGAAGGCAUGAAAAACGUCUCAGGAAUGGCCCAAAAUAUAGCUUCAGCAUCAGACAACCUACAAUCCAUUCCAGAUACCAUCGACACGUUCUCCGCGAUUCUUCAACCAUUGAAGAAGUUCAACGAUGUUGCUGUCUGGCUUGCGGAUGUCCAUCCCUAUGCAAAAGUGGCGUUGAGCAUAUUCACCUUCGCAUCGAAGAUGAUCAUCGCUCAGGCAGACCGCGAUGCUGCUGUGUCUGGUCUGCUCCAGAAGAUAUCGGAGAUCUAUGCUUUCAUGACGCAAGACGAAGCAUUGGCCGAACUUGAAUCGAUGGUAGGAAUAUACGGAAAGAUAGCGCGACAGACGCUGGAGUGCGCCGAUUUCAUCACCCAUUACUCUGAGACAAAGAGCGCCUGGGUAAGACUUGGCAAAAACAUCGUCAGCGAAACAGAUGCCAAGAUUCAGAGUUUCAGCGAGGCUCUCGAUAGUCU